AUGCAAUUGAUUGGGGGAUUCAGUCCAGUUGUUCGAAGAACUAGAUCAGGGGAUUCAGGCUAUGCAGCACAUGGUUGUGUGGAGGAUGCUUUGCAACUCUUUGUGUGGAGCUUGAGGAAGAAUUUCAGGCCAACUGAGUUCACGCUCAGUAUUGUUCUAAGUUCUAUUUGUACACUCCCCCCAGCAGAGCAGGGUGGUCAAAUUCAUGCUUUGGUUGUUAAAUCGGGUUUUGAGUCAGAUCCAGUUGUUGCUAAUUCACUCAUGGAAAUGUAUGCUAAAUUUGGGUCAGUUAAUUAUGCCAUGAAGAUCUUUGCUGAUUUGGGUGUACGGGAUUUGAUAUCCUGGAACACCAUGAUUUUGGGUUUGACUAACAAUGGUAGAGUACACGAGACCCUUGACAUUUUUUGA